AUGUCAUCUCUUUCAAGCCUCUAUCCUGAAGGUGAGCUGGCUCCACCGCCGUCGUCUCAGCCACUUCGCAAGCCUACCCUUGUGCCUUCUGCGGAGGACCGCGAUGAUGAUUGCAAGCCUUUCGCUCGCUUGUCUCGUGGCCUCAGCCGCCGCAGCGCUAGAGCCAUUCGACGUAAACACGAGUCAUACAAUCUAUCCGGCAGCAUCUUCCUUGUGACAUCUUCAGGCAAAACACUGAGUCUUCCCGUACCAUCCGAUAGCCCUGCAGACCCUCUGAACUGGGGACGAUGGAAAACAGCGGGAGCCAUCAUAUCAGUGGCAUGGUUCUCCAUCGUGUCACUCACAGUGGUUCAAGCAGCUAGCAUGGUCUACCAUGGCAUUAUGGUGGAGUUCGAUGGCCAGGAUAUCCAUCCAUGGACUAUCGAGACGCUUGCCACUGCUCCUGCUUUAUUCAUGGGCCUCGGUGCACUGCUCUGGGUGCCACUUUCACUGGGUAUGGGAAGACGCCUGGUCUUCCUCAUUGCCACACUGAUGAUGUUACUCGCAACCAUUGGUGCUGGAUAUGCGGCAAACUUUAACCAACUGCUCACUUGCGUAUGUUUCCUUGGCCUGGGUGAAGGCUUCUCUGUGACCAUCGCUUUGCUCAUGGUCAUAGACAUGACCUUCAUACAUCAACGACCUAAGGCAAUAGCCCUUCUCUGGUCACUAGCAGGCUGUGCAGGCACCAGUUUGAUAGCCGUCGUACCCUACAUGUCUAACCAUGGCGACGACUGGCGCCAAUACUACCACUACUGGUCAAUCCCUAUGGGCAUCUCCUUUGUACUCGUCUUUCUUCUCUAUCCUGAAACCUACUUCAAGCGACCAACCGUGGCUUUUGACGGCCUCAUACUACUGCAAAGCGCCACCGAGAAACUCACCGUCUAUAAGGAUGGCGAAGGAGACUCAGACAUCUACCGCGACCUACCAGACCUGCCGACAGGGCAGCGCACAGGUUUCAAUGGCUUACGCGAUCGUCUCGGCCUCUCUCGUUCACCCUUCGCGUCAUGGACAGCUGUCGGUCACUGUUACUACCAAAUGGCGUUCUGCGCCAUCAAUCCCCUCAUCUUCUGGGUCUUCCUCGCUUCAUCAGUCAACUUCGCAGGCAUGCUUUUCAUCGGCGUCACAUACGCCGAGAUCCUGCGCUCGCCGCCAUACAGUCUGUCUUCGGCGCUGAUCGCGAACGUCAACAUAUGCUCCGGCGUCGGUGCACUCUUCGCCUUCCCUUUAGGCGGCGUUUUGAUUUCCAAGAUUCUCAGCCGCCUCGCGCAACGCAACCGCGGCGUUCGCGAGGCUGAGCACUUUCUCGUUGGAUACAUCUUGCCAGUCAUCACCGGCGCACUGAGUACGAUUAUUUAUGGGUUCGCUGUGCACCACAAGCUUCACUUCGCGUCUUACUAUCUUGCCUAUGGCCUAAAUGGGUUCUCGUGGACUACCCUGUCGAUCAGCAACACUAUGUGGGUCACGGAGGCCUUCCCUCGAUGGGCUGCCCCGGCCAUCAGCGUUCUGGGAGGUGGAUGCUAUAUUCUCAGCUUCUCCAUGGGCUUUAUCUUGAGGCCGUGGAUCGAGGCACAUGAUUACAAGCUUGUGGGCAUCGAACUUGCUGUUCUGCAGAUCGUGAGCGGACUAGUGGCGGUCCCAAUUGCGUUCUGGGGUAAGAACGCUCGACAAGCUAUUCACGGCAAAUGGGCUGGUGAGCGCGCUGGGGCACUUCGACCUUUGUAA